UCCUUUUGAGCAAUCCGAGUCAAAUCAACGUGUAAAGCGCUGAAAGAGGUAGAUCCGCAACACACUAGACACAAGACCCAUAAUAGUAGCCCUGAGCUUCUAGGCUUUCAACUUGCAUAAUAUUUUCUUUCGAUAUUUUAAAUGUGGAACAAGCCAUUAUAUGAACCUUCUCCCUUUUUAGAUCCUCAGAUUAAAUUUUCGGCCAUGAAGGCUGCUCCCUCUAACGCUCUCAGUUUUUCUUCAAAUAUCGAAAAACUGACAGCAACCCAACCAUUUCCAACUAAAUUUACAGGAACCCAUUUUCUCAAACUCCCUCAAAGCUUCCCAAAGUACUCCUUUUUGAGAGCUUCAGCAAAUCCCUUUAGUUCUGCUUUUCUCUCCAUUUCUUCUUCUUUCAAUGCAUUCCUCGAAUCCAAUGUAGACGACACGGGUUUAGCUUGGAACAAAGGGCCGGAGAUUGUUAUCGAUGGAAGUGGAAAAGCUAAGGCUUUAGGAAGAAAAGAGAAAGUCAUAACAGUGGUUCUUUUGGGAUGGCUCGGGGCUACAACCAAGCAUUUAAAGAGAUAUGUGGAAUGGUAUAAUUCAAGAGGAAUCCAUGCGGUUACUUUUAUUGUAGAAAUGAAGGGGUUGCGGUGCUUCGAUCCGGUUGCAAGGCUUGACAAGCGUAUAGCUGAGUUGGAAAAUAAGUUGGCCAGAUGGGUUUUGGAGAAAGAGGAAGAUGGUCGUGAAAGGUGCCUCAUUUUCCAUACUUUUAGCAACACUGGCUGGCUCGUAUAUGGUUCACUUCUUGACCGUUUUCAGAGAAGAGGGGGAUUGAAAGAGAAGAUAGGAGGAGUUAUUAUUGAUUCAGGGUCAGCCGAUCUUUCAAAUCCUAAGGUCUGGGCAGCUGGUUUUGCUGCUGCUAUACUGAAGAAAUGCAACUCUUCAACAAAUGGAUUAGAAAUUGAAGUGACCGAUUCAAAAUUGCACAAAGAGGAACCUGAGAUGGCAGAAGCUUUGCUGCUAUCUACCCUCGAAAAGUUUUUCACAUUCCUUCUAAAUAUGCCUGAUGUGAACAGACAUUUAAGAACAAUCAUUAAGGCUGCCUUGGAGAACCCUCCUCCCUGGCCUCAGCUGUAUCUUUAUAGCACAGCUGAUCAGGUCAUUCCAUAUAAAUCAGUUGAGAGGUGUGUUGAGGAGAUGAGCAAGAAGGGAAUAAAAGUGUUCUCCUUCAACUUUGGCACAUCUCACCAUGUGGACCACUAUCGGAAUUAUCCCAACAUAUAUUCAUCAGAGCUUCAUAAUUUUUUGAAAGAAUGCUUUGCUAACUUCAAACAAACAUGAACCCUCCAAGUACUUUAAUCCAUUUGUAUUAGUGCAUUCCUUUAGUAAUAAUAACAUUCGGAGGCUGGACAGAAUAUUGAACUUCACUUAUCAAGUUGAUGCUAAGAGAUCAUGGCUGCAUGCUUAUAAAUCGUAAUAAGAAAUGCAGUCAUGCUAAAGUCGCAAAACAUUUCUUAUUUUGAAUGUAUCUGGUUCUUAGAAGUUGGUGCUAUGAAUUUCACUGCUGUUGUAACCCUGCACUAUGAAGAUUAUGGUAUCAAGCUUUUAAUGUGCUGGUUGUGGAUGUGAAAUUUUGUGGUUUUGUGUUUGCUGAAAUUGGUUUGAGUUAGGCUGGCUUGUCAUUUGGGUUUCUGGGGUUAUUUAGCAGGCAUGUUUCUUUUGGUUAUAAACUAAAUUCAUGCUAACAGGAUAUUGUUAGGCAAAGCAUUUUUCUAAAAAUGAUUUCAUGAAUCAAAUCAAGCUCGAAUUUGUUGAUAUUAAAAUUAAUAAGGCUUUUAUUAGCUAAUUAGACCUGAUUAUAGCAAUGUUUAGAUGCAAAGUGGGUGACCAACUUUUAGAUUGAAAGCAACCUUACUCUACUUAGGGGGCAAGAAUUCCAUUGUUGUCAAUCUCGUCUCUAGCACAAGAUAGACAUUUGAAUUCCAUUAUUGUAUUUUAAGCAUUUAUUUGCAGCGGCUGCUCCUGUUUAUUUUGUUUACUUGUUCAAGCAUUACUGUUCAUUAGAAAAUUUUUUUUUGGGGUUUUUCAAAACACGUGUCUGGUUUGAGCAUUUCCAAACAAAAGGUCAUCGAAAUUGUCGUCCCAGAUAAUCGAAUCAACACCGACGACAAUUACAUAGAUAGGUACCUGACAACUGAAAACCUCAUUAAGUGUUAUAAACCCAAGAAAAAGAUAGAAGUUGUCCAGUUUCAGUGUACCAAAUACCAAGUCAGAUUCUGAAUUUUUUUUAUAUAUUUUUUUCCACAUUUGACCUUACAUUGAAACUGGAAAGGUCAGAAAAGCAGAAGAAAUGAAACCUGUCUCUUUUUUUCCUUGUUCGC